GGUUUACAGUGCUUCUGUCCAACUCCAUUCUCAUGAAGUUUGUUAGACUUCAUUGUCAAGAACUGUGUUGGUGUUACUCUAUGUAUGUAUAUGUAUACAUAUAUAUUCAUGUUCGUUUGUUUGUGAUUACUUUAAGGAAAGACUGCUUUACUUUUUGUAAAGUUUGGCAGCAAGUGCAAGUAUGUUACUAUAGUUACAUAAGUAAGAGAACUAUUUUGUUGUUCUCCAGGUAGUGUCUAGUCAUUUGAUGGCACUGUGAGAUCUUAAAAGACCUUAAUGCUGUUUACUCCGUUUUAUUAUAUGCUCUUACAAGAAAACUUCUGUAUUCUGUUUUGUGUUCUUCAAACAAUGAGCCACAAAAUACUUUGCUCAGAGGAGAAGGAUUUUUGUUUAAGUGGAAUUUCAGUGGACAACUCAAAAAUUGACGGGCCUCUGUUGCAGAUUUUAUUUAUGAACAAUGUAAUUUCUAAGCAGUAUCAUCAAGAAAUCGAAGAUUUUGUUUUUAAUUUAGUUCACAAAUACGAAGAGCAACAGAGGGAUGAACAAGAAAAAAUGCACUUCAGUCUUAAGCCUCAGCCCUCCAGUGUUCUUUUAGAAGAGGACUGUAAAACAGCAAGCUCGAAUUCUGUUAAAAAAACUAAGGAAGCUUUUAGUGUUGUAGGAAGUGUUCUGUAUUUUACCAAUUUUUGUCUUGAUAAACUGGGACAGCCUAUAUUAAAUGAGAAUCCACAGCUGACAGAAGGAUGGGAAAUACCUAAAUAUCAGCAAGUUUUCAGCCAGAUUCUCUCCCUAGAUGGACAAGAAAUACAAGUAAAACCAAAAAGCAGGCCAAAAUCGCACUGUUUCAAUUGUGGCUCUGAAGACCAUCAAAUAAAGGACUGUCCAAAGCCACGAAAUGCAGCUCGUAUAAGUGAGAAGAGAAAGGAGUUUAUGGAAGCUUGUGGUGAAGCAAGCAAUCAGAAUUUUCAGCAGCGUUAUCAUGCAGAGGAAGUAGAAGAGAGGUUUGGAAAAUUUAAACCAGGAGUAAUUAGUGGGGAACUUCAGGAUGCGCUUGGUGUCACAGCUAAGAGUCUUCCUCCAUUUAUAUAUCGCAUGCGUCAGCUUGGUUAUCCUCCAGGUUGGCUCAAAGAGGCUGAAAUGGAGCACUCGGGACUUGCUCUUUAUGAUGGUAAAGGUGAUAAUGAAACAGAAGAUGAAGGAUGUCUUCAACCAAAACACGUCACUUAUGAUGUCUCUAAGUUGAUUAACUAUCCAGGCUUUAAUAUCUCCACUCCAAGUGGGAUCCCAGAUGAAUGGCAGAUAUUUGGUUCCAUCCCCAUGCAGCCAUCUCAACAGAAGGAUGUUUUUGCUCACUACCUGUCUAAUUUUCAUGCGCCAAGUUCAAAAUCUAGCAGUAAAAGGACUGCACCGCAGCCAAGCUCUCACCAUUCAAAACGACCUAAAGACGACUUGGAGGUAGCAGUAGCUGACAUGGACCUAGAUUCUGAUGUGGAAGUGUCACAAAGAUCUCAAACAACUAACAGUUUCCAGUUCCAACCUCCGCUGCCACCUGGACCUCCAGUGAUUUCAACUCCUCCUCCUUUGCCACAAGGCACACCUCCACUUACUCCACGAAGUCUUACACCAACUCAACCUUCAACACCCACCCAUCCUCCUCUUCCUAACACUGUUCCAUCAUUAAAUUCUUCCGGUGAUGUUUCUCAGCCAAAAAUAGUGGACUCAACCAUGGAUGAGGAUACUCUGACCUUGGAAGAACUAGAGGAACAGCAGCGAUUAAUUUGGGCAGCAUUAGAGCAGGCAGAAAGCACAAACAGUGACUCUGAUAUCCCUGUUGAUACACCUUUAACUGGAAAUUCUGUUACAUCAUCACCAUCCAGGAACGAAGUAGAUCUUGUUGCAGAAGUAAGAUCAUCUGAUAAGAUGGUAACAUUGGAAACUAAGUUUUCCAGUAUCAGUGAACAGGUACCAGAAAAUGAACAUCCUCUAACUAGUCCUAAUCCAGGUAAUAGUUCACUUAAUUUAAAGGAAGAUCCUGAUAAUUCAGAUUCCGAAGACCUGCUGGGUAACACCGUGCCUGCUCCCAAUCACAAGGUUAACGAUGGAGAAAGUACGGUUGAUAAUAAAGUGGUGACAAGCACUGAGUCAUCUGCAAAGAGCUCAAAUCCUGUUCCUGAUAUGAGCAAGUUUGCUGUAGGUAUAGCACCUUUUGAAUUUGAAAAUAUGACUGAGUCAACGGGCACUUACCUUCGAAUAAGGAGUGUGCUGAAGAAUUCCCCAAGAAACCAGCAAAAGAAAAAGACUUGACUUUUAACUGGUCUUCCUUUGUUUCUUUAUGUUCAAAUUCCUGCACCCUUCUCUCUCCUUCAGUUUUACAAACUCAUAUAACCUUCCUCAUCCUUUUGUAGGAAGGAGAAAAUCUCUAAAGAUUACAGCUCUGCCCCUGUUCUUCCUCAAAACUGAAGUCAAUGCAGGGCUUCCACCUUGACCAGAACCAAUCCAGCCAGAAAAAUACAGUUCCCAAAUUGCAUUCUUCCACUAAGGAAUAAUGGGACUGUUGAUUUGCAUUGGCAAGUAAAUUGUUCUUCGCUCUAAAAAGAGAGACUUGUCUUAUUGUUCAUUAGUUUGGCUAAGAGUUGCAUUGUCCUUGAAUUUCAGGUGGAUUGGUGAUUUUUUUUUUUUAAUAUCCUUUGUACAAUAAUGGAUACUUUAUAGAUUUUGCUAAUUAUCCUGUAGAUAAGUUUAAUAUAUUCAGAAUGUUUUUAAAAAAAAAUCUAAAGAUAAGGCUUCCCAUGUCAAAGUCGUGGAAAUUGGAUGAAAAUGAUCGGGGAUUACCAGCAUUAUCUUCACCACUUCAAGUAUUUUUAUAAACUUUUAUUUAUGUGGAUUAGUUUUAAUUACCACUGUAUCUUUUGUAACAUCCUUCUUCAUGUAAACUUGCUGUACAUACAUGUUCAUUUUUAUGUACAGAGGUUUAAUAAAUGAGGCUUUUAUAAAUAUUUUUUUUAAUUGGAGUUCUAAACCAUUAGACUGCUGAUUUCUUGAAAUAAGCUGCUGAGGAUAAUUAGGAAAAACAAGCUGAUUAAAAUGAGGGUGAAGUGAAUUGAUUAUUUUAGGAAAAGUCAUAACAACUGGGUUCAUGUUUUUAUAAUUAAGAUGUUAAAAUUAUUUCAGCUAACCUGCUCAUGACACUCAAUUUUCAUAAUCUAAAGAACUCAUUUUUGAAAGGCCAAAGCUUAGAAAUAUUACAGUUCUGCUAACUAACUGUUCUUAUUUUCCCUCUCCUCUCACCUCUGUUCAAAGCGGCUGGUAAGUGGGACGACUACGCAUCUGCAUGGCCAACAGAGGGAGUACUGGUUUGGUUUAACAGUGUUCUUUAAAGCUGGUAAAGCAUUUGUUUGUCC